AUGGCUACUUCGCAUCCUUCUUCCACAAUAACGACUCCGGCGCGCAACGGCAACGGUACUGUUGCUUCGCCGGACACAACGCCUUGCACAUCGCAGGCGCCCGUUAUUACCCCACGCAAAAGGCGCCCGCAUCGCAUCUACCAACCGACAAAGAAUUCUCUCUACGACAUCUUCCAGCAACACUCCGGCAUCUCGCUCUUUGUGCGCCCAAUCUGCUGGACCGACUUACAUGCCCAACUCCUCGGCGCGAGAUGGGACGAGUUGCCACCAUGCGAUACACCUCAUCCUACUGCAUCGCCAGGCACGCCACCAUCGCGAGGCCAUCUAAGUCCAUCAAACACCAUCAUCACUCUCAGCAACGCGCUCACCCAGAUACUUCUGCCCGACGCGAUGCACCCUAUCCUCGCCUCCAAUGCGGUCAAGACAGUCUUGAUGACGCUAUGGCCUACAGCCUUCAGCAAGCCACAAUAUCUACCUGAACUUCACCUAUACUUUGGCGGUCGCGUCUAUCGUGAUGCUGUGCGCGCACAGCUAAUGUGGAAUUUCCCUGCCGAGGAGCCAAAGUCGUCUUAUUCCUCCUUCAAGACAAUCUCAACGCGACCUGCCGAAUCCUUCAACGUCUCGACACAGUCAUCCCCAACUCAGUGCCCCGCUAAUCUACCCAUGAUUUGCUACAUUGGUAAAACUCAACUAGCAUCAGUCCGAAACAAUCUAUUCCGCGUCGCACCUGGACCAGGAAGAUCAUGGAAUGAGCCCGUAUUCCGCCUGCAACAACUCCGCGCUCGUAUACUCAUACCUUCAAAUUCGGAUCAUGAUGCGCACUUCGUAGGCAUUUUCCUCGGCAUGGCACAGAAACACUUUUACCCUCCUCCGCCUAUAACCGGCAGGCGCGAUUCGCGAAUGUCUCCAGAGCAAGGAAUUCCACCAUGCCCAAACUUUCACGACCUCAAAUUGAAGAUUCUUACACAUGACACCGAGACGUCUGAGUUUAUCGUCUACACUGGAAACAUCACAAAGGAGUUUCUGGAAAAGUUUCACGACCCCUUCAAGGCGUCAACCGACGAUGACGAGGCUAUGGUUUCUGGUCUCAAGAUCGAAUAUACAAGAGUCCCUAUCUGGCCCAUCUUAGGUCUACGGGAGAGACUUGGCAAAGCUUUAGGUCAAGAUGUCGUCGGUGCUUUCGACCCAGAUGUGAUAGAAACAUGGGAGAAAGACCCCGAGAAACAAGGUGGCGAGAAGCGCAAGCGAGAGGUUAUCACAGAAGUUGUCAACAGCAGUAACAGCAGCUUCGAAGAAGGGGAAGAGGAAGAACCCGCCGUGGUUUCGAAGAAACGAUGUUUGAAUGAAGGCACGCCUGUGGGCGUUGUCAUGUAA